GGGAAGAGCUUUGCUGAAGUUUGUGGAACACAAAGGUCACUGCCCCUAAACUACGAGAACGGACUCUCGCUCUUUCCGCCUCCUUCCGUGCAAUAAAGGCUCCCCACGCCGAGAACUGCGAGCACUCCGAGGCUGCCGAUGGCUCUGACCGGCAAAGUUGCGCUAGUGACAGGAGCGGCGCAGGGGAUCGGCAGGGCGUUCAGUGAAGCGCUGCUCCGGCAGGGCUGUAAGGUCGUUCUCCUGGAUGUGAAUGCCGUUGCCGGUGAAUCCUGUAAGAAUGAUUUGGAUAUGGAAUUUGAUAGUUGCAACACUUUGUUCAUUGCCUGUGAUGUGGGAUCUGAAGAACAGUUGAAAUGUGCUUUUAAGAAAGCACUUGAACGCUUUGGAAGUCUGGAUAUACUGUGCAAUAAUGCUGGAAUUAACAAUGAGAACAACUGGGAACAAACAAUCAACAUUAAUUUGACGUCUGUGAUCCGAGGAACGUACCUAGCUUUGGACUACAUGAACAAACAGAAUGGUGGGAAAGGAGGAAUUAUAGUGAACAUAGCCUCUUUAGCAGGUAUAUACCCAGCGCCGCAUGGGCCAGUGUACACAGCCACAAAACACGGUGUCGUUGGUUUCACCAGGGCAAUAGCAGCCACAUCAAAAUUGGCAGGCUACGGAGUCCGGGUCAACACCAUUUGUCCAGCCUUUGUGGACACUCCCCUGCUUAACUCUGUUGACAGCCAGGAAAUGAUGGGGAAGUUUUACAUUUUCAAGGACACUGUCAAAGAAUUGAUUGAUCACUAUGGAAUAUUAGACCCUGCAUUAAUCGUUCAGGGACUGAUGAAAAUAAUUCAAGAGGAAGACUUGAAUGGAGCAGUAAUGAGAAUAACCAAGACAAAGGGAAUCCACUUUGAAAAUUAUGACUCGUCUCUGGUUCAGCCAGCACUAAAGUAAACUAUCAUCAAGAAGUGCUGUGUCUUGCCAGGAGUGCACUAUCUGAACAGGGGACUCAACGGAGCAGAAAGAACUUUUGCUUUGGCACCUAUGCAAACUGAUAGUACACACUCGUUCCUGGGUGUCUUUUCUCUUUGCAUUAAAUUAUUUAUAAAUUAAUUUUGUUUAUGCAGUCCUGAAAUGUAAGAUCAUAGAGGAUUCCUUCAGCUAAUUUUGAUGUAAAUUAAAAGCAGCUUGAUUUUUGAUGCUCCUUCCAUAGAAAAGGUUAUCUGGGCAUUGUAUACUUCAGGAUAAUUCCUGAACUGCUCAAACUUCAGGCUACAAUGACAGAUAAUCAUUCAAACUCCAUCAAAAUUAUUACGGUGCCUUUAAUAUAAUAUUGUCAUAAUCAUUAUUAUGUGCCAUGCGGUAUGACGUGGACGAUCAUGGUCUUCAUCCAUGACCAGGAUUGCUUUUGGCAAAUUUAUCUGCUGAGGUGGUUUGCCAUUCUCUUCUUCUGGGCAGUAUCUUUACAAGAGGGGUGACCCCUAUCAUUAUCAACACUCUUCAGGGAUUGUCUGCCUGACGUCAGUGGUCGCAUAAACAGGACUUGUGUGACUUGCAUCACUAAGCAGGUACGACAUCUCGCCCAAGGAUAACCUGCAGGCUAACGGAGGAAAGGAGCACUUUACACUUCCUUUAGUAGAGAUAUAUCUACACCCCGUCACCUAUUUAAUAUAACAGGGAAUGCAAAAUUUUAGAAAAAGUGACUGGAAAUUCUGGAAAUAGGCUUUAGAGGGCAUUUUAGAGGAGGGAAAGUUUAAGUUUUGCCAAGGUACCUGUGAAAUCAAGGCUGAGGAACCUCAUGGCAGCGUACCUCAUGACAGCAGCACUCAAGGAUCACCCAUCAUUGUCUGCAGUCUACGUUGCUGAGUGCUGGGGGGUAGAUAUGUUUACCAACUAACUCUCUGGAAGGGGCAAAAGGAUAGAUGUUCUUUGCCAGCUGCCCCCAUGAAUUGGAGAGUUCCAGCCAUUUAGUCCAGUGUCUGUCCUAAAUAUGAUUCCUGUGAGAGAAAGAGGAGCAGUGCAAAGCUUCAUCCUUUCUCUGUGAGAUUACGAAUGGAGAGACUCAUCAAUUUCAGCAUCGUGAAGAGAUUUGAAAACAGUCCAUUUAAGUAUUUCAACAUUAAGUAGGUUAGUCUGGAAAGAGAGAAAGAAUGCUCCUCCAACUUAUUCUGCUCAAGUUAUUCUUCCCUCCCCACCAACAUCUUUUUUUAUCAGGCCACUUAAGUGAAAAUCAAGCUUUGAGGAUCACAUGCUUCUAGCGGGUCUAUAUUUUGACAUUUAAAGUCUUUUUACCUCAUGCUUUUUCUUUCAGUGUCAUUUUCACACUGGGACCAAAGAUUACCGUAUCUUUUAGCAAAGGCAGCAAAAGUAACUUGAAGUGAUUAAUGUUAAUUUGUUCAAAUAAAACACGUUAGCUCUGUAAUAUUUCAUCAUUUAUAACAUUAUCUGGCUUUCACGUGGUCUUUUGUUUUCAAAACACAAGAGAUUCUGAGUUGUUGGAAAUCCAGAGAACACACGCACAAAAUGCUGGAGGAACUCUGUAGGUCAGGCAGCAUCUAUGGAGAGGAAUUCUGAGCUGAGACCCUUUGUCAGGAUUUGCUUUGUUUUUAUGAUUAGUGGAAAAGCAAAGUUUGAACGAACAAUAUCCACAACCCGGAAACAAUUUUUAUCAACCUGAUGAAGGUUCUCAGCCCAAAACAUUGGCUCUUUACUCUUUUCCAUAGAUGCUGCCUGGUCCGCUCAGUUCCUCUGGCAUUUUGUGUGUGUUGCUUUGAUUUCCAGCAUCUGCAGAUUUUUACUUGUGUGUGAAGGAGUUGUAAGCUUUUAAGAUGCUCUUUGAUUUUUUAGCCAUUUUUGCCCAGAAGUUAAGUGAGCAGUUUGAUGGAGAGAAGGGGAAUUAUUUGAACCUAAGUUGUUGCAACAAGAAAGAAGUGGGAUCCAAGGAGAAGAUUUAUGUCUUAUUCAGUACUCAUCCACAAUGACUCCAGGGUAGAACUAGGAUCAUAUUCCAUCACACAACAUCCAUGAGAGAUGGCUGAGAUUAUGUUUAUCCUGGUGAUCUUUGUUCAGGUCAAGUACAUUUUAGAACAUAAGAUAUAGGAGCAGAAUUAGGCUGAUCCAAUUUUCCUCUCAGCCCCAGUCUUCUGCCUUCUCCCUGUAUCCCUUCAUGCCCUGAACAAUCAAGAAUCUAUUAACCUCUGUCUUAAAUAUAUGUAAAGACUUGGCCUCCACAGCUGCCUGUGGCAAUGAAUUUCACAGAAAAAAUCGUUUGCUGAUCAAAUAUCUGGUAUUGCAGGUUGUGGACUUUGAUUCCCUCUGGUAGGAAAUUUAAAUUCAAUUAUUUAAAUAAAUCCGGAAUACGAAGUGAAGGUCAGUAAUGGUGACCACACACUGCCAGAAAGCUGUUAAAAAUCUAUCUGGUUUAUUAAUAAACACUUAGUGGCCAUUUUAUUAGGCAGACCUGUACAAUUGGUCUUUAAUCUAACUAUCUAAUCAUGUGGCAGCAACCCAAUGCAUAAAGGAAUGCAGGCAUUUAUUUAUUUAUUUAUUUAGCGAUACAAUGCAGAGUCAGCCCUUCCAGCUCUUCGAGCCACUCCUCCCCAGCAUCCCCACAACCUCAAUUAACCCUAUCCUAAUCAUGGGGCAAUUUACAAUAAACUGUUAACCUACCUGAUACAUCUUUGGACUGUGGGAGGAAACCUGGGCACCUGGGGAAAGCCCACACAUUCCACAGGGAGGAGAUACAGAGACACCAUACAGGACGGAGCUGGAAUUGAACUCUGAACUCUGGAACACACUGAGCUGUAAUGGCCUCGUACUAAUUGCUGCAUUACUGUGGUACCAUGGUCAAGAGGUUCAGUCCAAAAGUCAAAAUGGGGAGGAAAUGUGAUCUAAGUAACUUUGACCAUGGAAUGAUUGUUGGUGCCAGACGGGGUGGUUUGAGUAUCUCAGAAACUGCUGAGCUGCUAGGAUUUUCACACACAUCAGUCUCUAGAGUUUACAGAGAAUGGUGAAAGAAACAAAAAAUAUCCAGUGAGCAGCAGUUCUGUGGGUGAAAAUGCUUUGUUAAUGAGAGAGAUCAGAGGAGAAUGGCCAGACUGGUUCAAGCUGACAGGAAGGCAACAGUAACUCAAAUCACCACAUUUUACAACAGUGCUGUGUAGAAGAGCAUCUUUGAACACACAACACAUUGAUCCAUGAAGCAGAUGGGCUAUAGCAACAGUAGGCCACUAAGUGUAUAAGGAAGGAUAUCUCUUGGUGACUCCAGACCCACCCAUCGAUACAAUUUAUUCUUAACUGCUGUCUGAAGAGGCAAUUCAAGGUAUCCAGUCUCCAGGACAAUUCAGGAAUGGACAGCAAAAUACACACCUUAUGAAUGAAUGCACCCCAAUGUUAGAACAAUUCAGUGUAACAGAAAUUCACUCUUGAAGAAUUCACAAAAAAAGGAUUAAGAUACAGAAUAAGAAUCCACUCUUAUGAAAUAUAUAAUAGAAAAUGUAACUAAAUAAACACAAAAAACCCAAAAAAAUUAACUAACUUUUACCAUUUCUGCCAAGGGUUUGUGGUGCAGAACAUUGCAAUGCACGUUUUUUUAGGAGUGCAUCCCCUCCAUAACUGAGUUCAGUCUGAACAGGGAAAAGGAAAGCUGGAUCAGGAGAGACUGAGGGAUGUGGGGAUAGUGCAGGAACACAGACCUGAAGUAGAAGUUCAGCCACAAUCUUGUUCAAUGUCAGAGUGACCUGGCUUCCUCUGCUCCUCAUUCUUAUUUCUAUUAACUGUACUGGAUGUACUAAAAUAACAUUUACACAAACUACUCAGAGACUGAUGUGGGGACUUUACAGAAUCCACAUGUCACUGUGCACCAAAGAUCUGCCCUGUGAGAGAAGACUAUCAUAACCCAUCCCUACAAAACAUUCCACCAACAUGGUGGUUAGGGAAGGUACAAUAACAACAUUUAAAAGACACUUGGACAGGGAGAUAGUUAGGAAAGGGAGGAAUAUGGGACAAAUGCUAGCAAAUAGGACUGACUUAGAUGGGAAUCUUGAUCAGAUGGACCAUUUGGGCUGAAGGGUCUGAUAGAUGAUUAGAACGUACAGAUAAAUUGCCAAAACUGUUUGAUGAAAAUAAAAUUUGCCUGUUUCUAUGAAUUAAGAUAUUACUGCACUAUCUUAACUGUUGUAAAGUUGAAUUGAUCGGCUAAACUAUAUUAAAGCUAGUUGGCAUGACUACAAUGACACACAUUGGGCUGUAAAAUAUUUAUGAGCUAAGUAAAU